AUGGACCACCUCGCCUCCGUCUCCUCCGCCGACGACCCCUCCCCCGCCGCGGCAGGGGACGGCAGCCUCCUCGACGUCAUCCGCGACCAGUUGCAGGAGAACAACAGGCUCAAGGAGGAGCUGAUGAAGAAGACGCGCCUGCUGCAGAGGGUCAGCGAGGACGCCGCAUCCCAAGCCACUUUCGGCGGCGGCGCGAGCCAAGAGCCCCACGCAGCUUCCGCCGUCGCUAACAAGAUGAACUCAAACAUGUCCUGGAAGCAGGACCUUACUGUUAAGGUCAAAGAACACGAAGAAGAGAUCACACAGCUACGGAAGCAUCUGGAUAACUACAUAAUAAAGGAAGCACUAAUACUCAAGGAAAAAUCGGUGCUGGAGAAACGCAUCGCUUAUAUGCGCGUGGCAUUCGAUCAUCAGCAGCAAGACUUGGUUGAUGCAGCAUCAAAGUCUUUAGCAUAUAGACAAGAUAUUAUCGAGGAAAACAUCCGCCUGGCAUAUGCAUUGCAGACUGCACAUCAAGAGAGGUCAAUGUUCAUAUCCUCUUUGCUGCCUAUUCUGUCUGAAUAUGAGAACCUACGACCGUCUGUCCCCGAUGCUCAAUCCAUUGUUGGUAAUUUGAAGGUUCUGUUUAGGCAUCUGCAGGAGCAACUAAUGCUCACCGAGGAGAAAGUUAAGGAGUCACAGUAUCAGAUUACCCCAUGGCAAAAUGAAUUGCCAAAUAAGACCAGCCUUCCUGUGCAGUCACCUAACAACCCUCUUGGAAAAGUAUCGUACAAAAGCGGCCUUGAUAUUGUGCCCCAGACGCCAUAUCCUCAGGUACAAUCUCCAAUGUCUUCCCCUUCCCCUGUUCAAGCCAGAGGUAAUUGGAAAAACCAUCAAGUAAUUCCAACUGAGGUUCCUACAAGAAUUAUGGAUCAAGAUUACGGAGGAAGGACCGCUCUUUCAAGCAGCAACCAAUUUAGGAAGGAUGUUCCUGCUCAAGCGUCUCAACGUGAUUCUGAUGCUCUGCAGUUUGGUUUCGUUGCUCAGAAUUCGAGCCUACCACUCGAGGGCCCUAGUAGAAGGUAUGUCUUGGAUGAUUCUGUGGGGGCUGAAGACCAACAUGUGCGCGAACCUUCUGCUCAGUGGGGUUCUGGAGACUCACCUAAUUUAGAAUCUGGCCUUGAGGAAGCAAACCCUUCAUAUCCCUAUCUUCCUACUGUUCCCGAGGAGCCUGGUUCUUCUUUUUCUGAAGCUGCAGAGGAUGAUCCAUUGCCAGGCAUACAGGGUCUUCGAAUCACGGGUGAGCCUUUUCCUGGACAGGACCUUCAAGCAAGUGGGUUCUCCAUCAACGGAACCACAAGUUGUAAUUUUGAGUGGGUUCGUCAUUUGGAUGAUGGCUCCGUAAAAUUCAUAGAAGGAGCAAGGCAACCCACCUAUUUGGUUACUGCCGAUGAUGUUGAUAAUCUACUAGCCAUUGAAGUCCAACCCCUAGACGACAGAAAAAGAAAGGGUGACAUCGUAAAGGUUUAUGCUAACGAUCAAGCAAAAAUCACUUGCGACCCUCAAACAAAGGAACUCAUUAAGAAAACCCUUGAAGUUGGGCAUGUGUCUUAUCAAGUCCAACUGCCCCAGGUGAGAUUCUUAGACAUGUGGGAACCAGCUGUUUUGGCAAUAAAGAGGGAAGGUUACAGCAUUAAAUGUAACGGGCAGCGUGGUGUUGUUCUCACGGAGAAAUUUCAGAAAGCAACUGCUAUUAAUAUUCCAUACGGAUACGAGCGUCAGACAGAGUUUUCGAUUGUGUCGGCUGAUGGUGACGAGUAUAAUCUCCAGCCAGCAGACAAUAACACGUCGCGGGAUACGAUUGUGCUGGUGCUAAGACUGUUCAGAUCCAUGGCCGUCGAGAAGCGGCGAGGGAGGAAGAAGGGCCUCUUCUUCAAGUAG